UUGGGGGGCUGGCAGGGCGGAAAGUGGAAAAGCCGCAGCGACAGCGGCUGUUGGGUUGGGGGAGGCGGCGGCGGCGGCGGCAGGAGCGUGGAGGAACAGGGAAGCUCUGUUUCCCUCUGGCGUUUGCGGCCGGGAAGGCUCCGCGCUGCCAGUGUUCUUUCUCCCUGGCGAAGUUUUCCAAGGUGUGGUUUCAGAGCAGCCUCCCAUCCCUCUGGCGCUCCGUGCCCGGCUCCCGCUGAGCCCAGGGAAGGAGGAAGGGAGUUGGGUGGCCUCCUGCGAGCGGAAGCCAAGAAGCGCCCUACAGAGCGGAGGAGGAGGAGGAAGAAGAAUGCAGUGCCUCCCAUGGGGGACGCUUAGGUGGCGGGAGACGGACAGCAGCCGCCUCUAAGCCCUCUUCGCCGCCGCAGGUGAGGAAGGUGGGCGGCCGUCUGGGAACUGUAGCCGAGGCGGUUUCUUAAACGCCAUAGAGAAAAUCGAGUCUAAACUUGCGUCCCGCCCUCAGCCCCACCUAAAACCUGCGGCCGCCUCAAAGAGGAAUGGACGGCCAGACCUGCGCGGUACCGGCCCGCUUGCCUCCCUCCGGACGGAAAGCCAAGCCAAAAGCUCCCCGUCCUCCAUCUGAAACAAGGAUCACUGACUGUUCUUCUUUUGAUGAUUCAGAACUAACUAACUUCACCAUGGAACAAAAAGAAAAUAUAAUUGACCGAGACAUUGAGCUGUCUGUAGUUCUCCCAGAUGAUGUAAUCAAGUCUACUACUGUUACUGGAAGCAAACCAAUGAUGGACUUAUUGGUAUACCUUUGUGCACAAUACCAUUUAAAUCCUGCAAGCCAUACUAUAGACCUGAUGUCAACAGAGAAAAAACAGAUCAAAUUCAAACCAAAUACACCCAUUGGGAUGCUGGAAGUCGACAAAGUGAUUUUAAAGCCAAAACAGAUGGAUAAAAAGAAGCCAACUCCUGUUAUCCCAGAGCAAACUGUGCGAGUAGUAGUAAACUACAAGAAGACACAGAAGACUAUUGUCAGAGUUAGCCCUCAUGCACCAGUACAAGAAAUCAUGCAAAUCAUCUGUAGCAAAUGUGACUUUGAUCCUUUACACACUUUGUUGCUGAAGACUUACCAGUCUCAGGAAACUCUUGACUUGACAAAAUCCCUAAAUGACCUUGGUCUUAGAGAAUUGUAUGCUAUGGAUGUCAGCAGAGCCAUACCAACUGGUGAAUUCAGCUUGUCAUCUUUACAGGACUCUUAUCAAAACUCUCAAAAUUCAGAUAUUUUGAAGGAGAAAGAAAAUAAAGGAUUUUUCAGCUUUUUUCAGCGAAGCAAGAAGAAACGAGAACAAACUGCCAGUGCUCCCGCAACUCCGUUAAUAAAUAAACCAAGGCCAACCUUUGCCAUGAGAUCUAAUACGAUAUCCAAGCAAUAUGACUCAAAUACUUUGCCCUCUGAAAUGCCAAAGAAGCGACGAGCACCCUUGCCUCCAAUGCCUACUUCUCAAAGUGUGCCCCAGGAUCUUGCACAAACCCAGGACAGACCUGCAACAUGUAUCAUGAAAUCUAGCAGCGUGGAUGAAACUGAUAAGGGACUUUCAGGAAUAGGAAUAGUGAGAACAGGUUCUCUGCAGCUCAGUGGCACAUCUUCAGGUAAUUCUUCUCUGAAGCGGGCAAAGCGCAAAGCACCAUCUCCACCUCCCAGAAAAUUGCAGAGCCAAAGUGACAACAGCAUUGAGACAGGAUCAGAGUCAGCCGAAUCAAUUCAUACAGAAGGCAUUAUCAAAGGAAGAUCCUCGGAAGUACCAUCUUCAACAGGCAAUGUAGUUGAUCUAACUGGGACCGCAGUGUCAUCAAGUGCCUCAUGCUGCUUUGAACCAGCCAAUCAUGAUCAAAACAAUAUCCAGCAAGUCUCAGAUGAAACGAAUCUAGUUAAUGCUGGUACUCCAGAUGAAUCUGAAGUGUCUCUUAAAUCUGACAUAGUCUCUGAAUAUAGUCUAGAGGAGAUAGAUGAGAAGGAAGAAAUGCACGAAGAAAGUGCAGGGACCCUCCUUAUGACACAAGAGGCUCUGGCCUCCUUCAGCACUCGUGAAAUCCCACUAGAUAUUCAGGAAAAUGUGCUUGCUUCGUUGGCUUCAGACCCUAUCACUGGUAGUGAAGAUACUGGGCAAGACUCAGAUGAAGAAGAAACAGCAAAUAUGAGUGCAUAUGACAAAGCUCAGUGUAAUCAGAUAUUCAGUGAGAACAUUGGACUUGACAAUGCUAAGCCACUUGGAGCAUUGCAGGCAAACACAAGCAAUGGUCACAGUGAUGUAAAAUUUCUUCCAAAGUCUGAAGGAAGCAAAACUGAUGCAGCUGAAGUGAGAAAAAGCAACAAGCUUGAAGCAUUGAAUUGCCAGUCAUGUAAAAAUGAUGUUUCUCUAAAUCAGGAAGGCAAUCCUCAGGCAUUUCUAGAGAUGCAUGAUAAAAAAUGGGAUCAGUCCAGCAGAGAGAUGAUGAAGACUCAGGAUGUUGCAAUUCAGGCAAUGCCAUCUGAUGAUAAUUUAGGCCAGACUGCAUUAAGGGAGAAUACUGAUCCUAAAGGUUGCAAACUGAUCACACCCACAGGUUCAACUUGCAUGCACAAAUCAUCUCUGGACAAUCAACCCUCAGGGUUCCUCAACAGGGUACACGAGACCAUGGGAACUAUGAGAGACUUCAACCAACAGAGGCAACAAUCGACACAUGACAGAGCAAAUCCUAAUGACAACCAAAAUAACACAUUUGCAAAUGAUAACCAUGUUCAGACACAGAGAGUUGUCAAAAGCCAUGUUAGUUCUCCCACAAAAGGUUACCCACUUUAUCAACAAUACUCUAAACCUAAACCUAAACCUUCCAAUGAGAUAACAAGAGACUACAUACCCAAAGUUGGAAUGACUACCUAUAAAAUAGUGCCUCCAAAAUCUCUGGAAAUAGUGAAGAAUUGGGAGCCAGAUCGUGUGGAGGAUCAGGAAGCAGCCAACUUGCACAUGUCUCCUAAGAAGGAGAAGUCCCAGGAAUUUGGUACACAAACAGAAAUUCUUAACUCAGAAAGCCUGAACCAAACAGGAUAUGUUUUUAGACAGGAAGUUACAUUGCUAGAGAAUGAUCCACUGCAUAAAACAUACAGUGUUGAUAAUGCCACAGUUUCUUUCUCUAAUGCAAAAGGCAAGGCAAUGGAAGUGGAACUUUCCAGACCUAGUCCAGAUCACAUCACAACUCCAUUUGUAUUAAACACAGAAAACAAAAGUUGUUCACCCCCUGCAAAGCAAGAAAAAUCAAGUAUCUUGAGUCCUACAGCAAAACCAAGCAAUUUUUAUUUGCAGAUGCAAAGGAGGGCUUCUUCUGAUUAUGUAACAUCCGCAGUUGCAAGAAGUGGUUCCGUUAGUAGCCCUACUCAAAAUGAAGCUAAGAGUAUAGAGCCAGAGAAAAAGUUGGCAUCACCAGAUCAUACUUCUUUUCCAUUUCCUAGAACAGUUAAUGUUCCUUCUCAGUUAGUAGAGGAAAAGAUGGAAAAUGGGCAUAAUGAGGAAAAAACAGAAGUUGCCACUUCUCCUGUAACAAUGCCUAAACCUCUGAAUUCUCCAUGCUCCCAGCCUCCUCCAAUAAAUCUGAAAACUCUGAGGACUUUUGUUUUGCCGCAACCCUAUUCAAGUUCCAGGCCAUCACCUUUUGCUCUUGCUGUAUCUUCAGCAGUUAGGAGAUCACAGUCAUUCAGUAAAACAUGUGCCAGUGGAAGCAGGUCACUAAAAGAGCAAUCCUCUCUCGACCUUUCCUCAUCAGUGUCCAACAUAGAGAUAAGGAACCAUUCUCCUUUACAGAGCGCAACUGGACAGUCACAACAGAGCAUGACCGACAAGAAAAAUAAUUGUGCAACCAACGAACAAAAUAGGCAGGGGCCCUCUUUUUCUGGCCACCCAACAACUGCUGUCUGUGAGAGAGGCAUUGCUGUGACACUCCAGCGCCCUGACCCAGAACAGAUCCACCAGAGCUUGCUGGCUGCAAUUCGCUCUGGAGAAGCUGCUGCCAAAUUGAGAAGGGUUGCGCCUCCAUCAAAUACUGUUGCCAUCAAUGGAAGAUCCAGUCUCAGUUCCUCAGUGUCUGUAGAAGCAAGAUACAGUAAUCACUAGGACUUCAUACGAAAUAUUUUGCACUUUAUUCACUACUGCAUGCACCUACAUCUUGCUUAACUGGGUAUUGCUGAAGACUAUGUGAAAAUGCAGGGUUAUGUUGGUAUACAUUGCCAAGUGAAGUAUAGAAACUUCAUGGAGCCCUCAAAGAGUUCUUAGAGUAUGUAAUUUAUAGCCAUUUCUUUGCCUUUCCCCUUUUUAAAGCUGAAAAUGCUGCUUCAGAACUUAAAACGUGGCACAGAAGGGUUUCAUUUUUUUGCUGCUGUGAUAAUCUGAUAUGUUGAUUUCCACUUUAUCCAGAAUUAAUGAUGUGUAGCAACAUGCUGUAUAAUGCUGACAUAUGAAGUUCUUAAUGUUCAUAAUUGCCUAAUAGCAACGUUCACAAAUUAUAAAUUUAAAUGUAUAGCUCUGCCACUUCUUACCUUGAUUAUUAAAUUGGAAAUUUAUUAUUGUACUUAGCAAUGCACUCUCUAGAAAUGCAAUAGGGCAAGUUUUCUUCAGCUAAAAAUGCACGGCAUGAUCCAUCCAAAGUUAUGCUACUUCAAAAUCCUAUUGAUUGCUUAUGUUCCUCAUUGAAAUCAGUAGGAGUGUUUUAUUCUGGCUGGAUCAUGUCUAUUUAGUAUUAGCAUUAUUUGUUUUUGUAUAUUUUCUAGUACCAAAGUGAAGAAAUAAAAUAGAAAGUAUCUUAA